CCAUGUACUUCUGCUCUGGAAUGGACAACGAUUUUCAUUGCUACGGCUUAGCAUCACCCAUAUACACACAUUUAACUUCACCCAUCAGAAGAUAUGCAGACAGCAUCGUGCAUCGGUUGCUGGCUGUGGCUAUUGGGGCUGACUGUAUGUAUCCAGAGUUGACAGACAAACACAAGCUUGCAGAUUUAUGUAAAAAUCUCAACUUCCGGCACAAAAUGGCUCAGUAUGCCCAACGUGCAUCAGUGGCUUUUCAUACCCAGUUGUUUUCCAAAAGCAAAGGAAUAGUAAGUGAAGAAGCCUAUAUUCUAUUUGUAAGAAAGAAUGCUGUUGUGGUGUUAAUUCCAAAGUAUGGUUUAGAAGGUACCGUCUUUUUUGAAGAAAAGGACAAACCAAAGCCAAGGCUUAUUUAUGAUGAUGAGAUACCUUCCCUUAAAAUAGAGGAUACAGUGUUUCAUAUAUUUGAUAAAGUUAAAGUGAAAAUCAUGCUAGACUCAUCCAAUCUUCAGCAUCAGAAAAUCCGAAUGUCCCUGGCAGAACCACAGAUACCAGGAAUAAGCAUUUCGGCUGAUACUCCAAACAUGGACAUUGAUGAACCAGAGAGAAAGAAGAAGAAACGUGAGAAAUAGCUACAGUCAACAAAAAAACUUCGAAGACUGGUUUCCUUAAAAAAAAAAAAAAGAAAAGAAAAAAAAAAAACCCAAAACAAAAAACCUUGAGAGAACACUUUUAAACCUAGGAAGUGUGUGAUACAGUUUGUUACUUUUAAAUUCAUUGUAAUGGUUU